AUGCCGCUUGGAAGGCUGCUUCACCUUGCCAUUCUGCAGCUUGCUGCUGGAGACGGUCCUCCUCCGGUCGAAACCGCCGCAGCCUGCAACCCUUUCAAUGCAUACCAGUAUCUUCGAGUCUCAAGCGCCUGCUGUGUCAGUCACGGAAGCUGUUCGUCCAGCUGGGACCUCUACGAGGUGGAAGUCUUCCAGAGGAACGGAGGGAUCACCAGCAAGAUCAAUCCUCCCGUCGUCUCCGACUCGGGGGUCGGGAAAGGGAGAACGGCGUCCUUGGCCGUGAACAACAACUUGCAGGACUACUGGGAGGGCGACUACGACGUAGGUCUCAGCUGCAGCUGCUGGGACGAGUCGAAGGUGGGCGGCCAGUGGAUGGUUCUGGAUCUGGGGGCGCCCCUCUCUGUGAACAUGAUCCGGAUUCAUCAAGGCGGCUGGGGCAAUGAGUUCGCCGUGUCGCAGGUGCAGGUAGAAUGCUCGAACUCCCUCGAAAGCUUUCCGGACCCCGCGCUGCGCUUCGAAGUGUCUAAGGAAACCACGACCCUCGAAUGUAACUCCACCAGUUGCGAGAUCACGGAGUGCCGUGGAAGUAGCUGCUCUUUCGCCUCCUCCUGCGAUGCCGCGGCCCUGAGCUCGAAGGUCGUGAGCUCGGCCCAGUUCGGUGUACUGGCAAUGGUGCUGGCACUCUCGACUUAG